AUGACCGAGAAAUGUCUGUUCGGCCUUGCCGAUGGAACAGAAUGGGCGGAAAGAGGCGGGAAUUUUUGGGUGCAUCAGACCAGCUCCGGGACCAGCUUCCGCGAGACCGUGGGAGGUACAAAUGUCCGACCAGCACGAUACCAAGCCAUUCAACAGUACACGCCGAGGAUGCUGCUUACAUCCGCGGGAAAAGCAAAGGGAAAUAUCUAUUCCCGCAGUCUAAGGGACAGUUGCCGAGUCUGUAUACGGACAGCGCCAAAGCCCGCAAAACUUGUGGCAGAUACCAAGAUACCUAGAGCUGUUCCUGGCUAA